AUGGAGGGAGGUGGAGAAGGAGAGGUAGAGAGGGUGGAGGACUCGAAGGACUUGCAGCAGCAGAGCAAAGCCUUCGAUAAGCUCACCGACCGCGUCGAAGAUCGCCAGCUCGACUCUACCCGCGUCCAGGAGGCCAUGGCUUCCAUUGCUGCCUCCUCCGAAGCGGAUUGGAAUGCUAUGCGAUUGAGGGAGAAGGAAUUGGCUGCAGUGAAGAUCAAUGCAGCUGAUGUUGACAUAAUUGCAAAUGAACUGGAGUUGGACAAGAAGGUAGCUGAGAGGACCUUGCGGGAGCACAAAGGUGAUGCCGUUGCUGCCAUUCGACACUUGCUUCACUAG